AUGGCCAGAGAAAGCAACGCACCGGCAGAUCCCCUCACUCCGAACAAGAGGGGCGAACAACCUCGGGCUUCCGCCACACAACACCCAGAGUUUGGCAAACCUUCGCCGAUCGGCCCCUCUCAGUACCGUUCCAAUCAGCCAAACCAGUCCAAGAAUCAGUCAAACCACCUCUUCAACAUUCCAAAAGCAAAUGGGUCACGGCCAGAGCAUCACCGCCCCGCCCAGCAGUCGCAGCCGCAGCCACAGUCGCAGCCACAGUCGCAGUCGCAGUCGCAGUCGCAGUCGCAGUCGCAGUCGCAGUACCGUGGACAGCAUCAUGGAGCUCCUCAGAGCUAUCACCCCCACCCAGCACCUACCGAUACUGCAUCGGCUGCAGCAAAGCGUGGCCCUUUUAAUCCCUUCCAGCCCGUGCGACCGUCAGCCUACAACGACCAUCGAUCGGGAUACCCAUCGGGAUAUCCCCCCGGCGCGACUCCAAUCAAACGCCCCGAAAAUGUGACCUGGACAACUCCUCGUGCCCCAAGACCGAUCUUCACGUCGAAGCCUUCGGCACCAAAAGCUUCGAACGCGUCAAAGAAUCUCCAAGCAUUCAUUGAUCUGACUAAAGAUGAGAGCCAAUCUAGCAACAAUGCGCCGAGCUUCAGCAGUAGUAAUGCUCCUGGCUUUGGUUCUAUGGAUAUAUAUGGUUAUGUUGAUUCGGAGAAAGCAAACGAGAAUAUCAAAGCUCUGCUCGAAGGCGCUUUUGAAGAUGAGGAAGAUAAGCCAUCAAAACCAAAGACCAAGGGCAAGGGCAAAGGCAAAGGCAAAGGAAAGAAGAAGAACAAGAGCAAGAUUAUUUCAGGAAACGCUGAGUCAGCUGCACCUGCGCCAAUGGAAAAGAAGGAUGUCGGUGGGGAUCUUGAUGAUUUGGCUGCUCAGCUUGAGGGUGUGACCGUCAACGACACAAAGCCAGCUGAGCCAGAGUCGAUCGACAAACCCAAAGAAAAGGCAACAGCGGCAUCGGAAAACGCUUCCGAAAGCGAGGUCGAGGAUGAAGCCGAUGAAGCCGAUGAAGAAGAUGACGAAGAAGCGGACAACAGCGACGACGAUGAUGAUGAUGAUGAUAGCGGAGCCGUCGAAGGCCUCAAGGUUACUCUUCUACCUCAUCAAAUUGAUGGUGUCAAGUGGAUGUGCGACAAGGAGACUGGCCGACGUACCACCAAAGGAAUCUUCCCCAAGGGCGGAAUUCUUGCCGACGAUAUGGGUCUUGGUAAAACCGUCCAGGCCAUUGCCCUCCUUCUCAAGAAUCGCAAUUCCGAAACCGGCGAACACAGCAAGACAACUGACUCAUUUGAGAAGGACAAAGAGUCUGCAUCAUCAACUCCCGUCAGCAAGAGCACACUUGUUGUCGCUCCUUUGGCUCUCAUCAAGCAAUGGGAAGGCGAGAUUCUUGACAAAGUUGAGAAAUCUCACAAGCUCCGCGUUUGCGUCUACCACGGCACCAACCGAGCCAAGACGGCCCGCUCGCUAGACGACUACGACGUGGUGAUUACUACUUACGGCACUCUCACCUCGGAGUCUGCGACGGCUGCUUCAGACAAGAGCAAAAAGAACGGCAUUUUUGCUGUGCAUUGGUACCGCAUCAUUCUUGAUGAGGCUCACACUAUCAAGAAUCGCAACGCGAAGGCUACACAAGCUGCUUGUGCACUCGACGCCAGGUUCCGCUGGUGCUUGACAGGGACACCCAUGCAGAACAACCUUGAUGAACUGCAGAGUUUGAUCAAGUUCCUUCGGAUCAAGCCCUUUGACGACCUGGCUGCUUGGAGAGAUCAAAUUAGCCGGCCACUCGCCAACGGACGUGGUGGACUUGCCAUUCAGCGCCUGCGGGUCUACUUGAAGGCGUUCAUGAAACGCCGUACUAAGGAUGUCUUGAAAGGGAAUGAGGAGAAGGAUGCCGAGGGUUCGGAGGGACGCGAAAAGAAGCCCUCCAACGGUUUCAAGAUCGUCAAACGCGAGGUCAUCAGAGUGGACGCCGAAUUCAUGGAAGGAGAGAUGAACUUUUACAAGCGUCUGGAACAACGAACUGAAAACAGAUUGGAGCAGAUGAUGGACGGCUCCAAGGUUGACUACGCUGGGGCUUUGGUUCUCCUCUUGCGUCUGCGUCAAUCCUGCAACCACCCCGAUCUGGUCAAGAGUGAUUUGGCCGCCGACAAGGACGUCCUUUUGCAGAAUGGAAACUCGUCCAGUCAGUCGAAGGAAUCAAAGCCAAACGACCUGGAUGACGUGGCCGAUCUUUUCGGUGGCCUCAGUGUCAUGGCCAAGAAGUGUGACGUGUGCCAAACCGAGCUCAGCCAGGCCGAAGCCAAGAGUGGUGCUAGUCGCUGCAGUGAGUGCGAAAAGGACUUGAAUACCGACUUUAUGGGCAAGGAGAAGAAGAAACACAAAUCGAAGAAAGCACAUAAACACCGCAAAGAAGAUGCCGCGGAGCAACAACCUGCUCGGUCUCGGAGAAACCGACGAGUCGUCAUCGAUAGCGAUGAUGAAGACGAAGACGACGCCGAAUGGAUUGUCCCCGAAGACCAACGCAAGAUGCCCAGUCUUGGCAAAGCUGGCGGCUCUGACGAUGAAAAUGCCGAAGGCGGCGGAGAUUGGAUUGGCUCUGACGAUUCAGAAACGGACGACGAUGUUAUGGACUCUCCGUCCGGCAAGAAGUCCAAGCCCAUUGCCUUGAGUGACUCCGAAAAUGAAUCCGACACGGAUGAUGAUAUCUAUCAGAACCCCGAGGAGGGUGAGAACGGUGAACUGCCCUCGACCAAAGUUCGUCAUUUGAUGAAGAUUCUCCGCAAGGAGUCGGCGGAUUACAAAUUCAUUGUCUUCUCGGUCUUCACCUCAAUGCUUGACAAGAUUGAGCCUUUCCUGAAGCGUGCCAACAUUGGAUUUGCGCGUUACGAUGGUGGAAUGAGAAACGAUCACCGUGAAGCCAGUCUCAACCAACUGCGGAAUAACAGUGGUACUCGAGUGCUGCUCUGUAGUUUGCGUGCCGGUGCGCUGGGUCUCAACUUGACUGCUGCCAGUCGUGUCGUCAUUCUGGAGCCUUUCUGGAAUCCGUUCGUCGAGGAACAAGCCAUUGACCGAGUGCACCGUCUCAACCAAACAGUUGACGUCAAGAUCUACCGCAUGAUCAUCAAGGGCACAGUAGAGGAGCGAAUCGUCGACCUACAAGAUCGCAAGCGCGAGCUCGCCAAAAUGACGCUCGAGGGCAAGUCCGCCGCCGGCAAAUUAACCAUGGGCGAUAUGAUGGCCCUCUUCGGCCGAGACGCCGAGUCAAAAUUCCAAGACAAGCAGGAUACGCUAGACUUCAAGCCUACUGGGCUAUUGCGUGCGGUGGACGACCUCACCUCUGCUCCUUCUCCCCAACGAUCGGACUCGCGUGACCGGAAACGCUGGCUCCCGUCUGAUCGAUCGACGCCUGAGGAUUCGGUAUAUGGUCGACGUUGGUAA